GAGUUGAAACAAGUUUCUUAGUCGGUAGCAAGUAACCAAGAAAACGAGUAUAGUUGACUGUUGACUUGUAAUUGUUAAACCAUUGACUUCCAUUUUGAUAAAGUUUCUUGUACGCUCAUUCCUGAAACCAAGUUGCACAGUAGAACGAAUCAAAAUAUCCAAAGAUCAAAAGCUUCAGAUCCUAUCGGUUCACUCAUUUCCUUGUCUGAGAAAUGGUGGAUGCUGUAGUGACAGUGUUUGGAGAAAGCCCUGAACAUCCUCGAAGAGAAAGGCCGAGUUGUGUCGGAAUAUAGAAAACAGUUGAAAGAUUUGCAAGAUGAGUUGCAAUAUAUGCAGUCUUUUCUCAAGGAUGCAGAGAGGCAGAAAAGAACAAACGAAGUGUUGCGCAAACUCGUGGCAGACUUGAGAGAACUGGUUUACGAAGCUGAGGAUAUACUAGUGGAUUGUCAGCUCGAGGAUGGUGAUGAGGAUGAUAACGAGCAAAGGGCUUCAAACGCGUGGCUUUCUCGGUUUUAUCCCGCCCGAGUUUCACUUCAGUACAAGAAAAGCAAGCGUCUCAAAGAGAUCAACGAGCGAAUAAAGACGAUAAAGACUACAGUUGAGCCUUAUUUCAAGUUCAGAACGCCGAGCAACGUUGGAAGAGACAAUGGAACUGAUCGGUGGAGCUCUCCGGUGUAUGAUCAUACUCAGGUGGUUGGUUUGGAAGGAGAUAAAAGAAAUAAGGAAAGUUUAUGUUCUGAACUUGUAUGUAUCAGUGAAGAAAAUGGAACUGAUCGGUGGAGCUCUCCGGUGUAUAACUUACGAACAAAGGGCUUCAAACGCGUGGCUUUCUCGGUUUUAUCCCGCCCGAGUUUCAUUUCAGUACAAGAAAAGCAAGCGUCUCAAAGAGAUCAACGAGCGAAUAAAGACGAUAAAGACUACAGUUGAGCCUUAUUUCAAGUUCAGAACGCCGAGCAACGUUGGAAGAGACAAUGGAACUGAUCGGUGGAGCUCUUCGGUGUAUGAUCAUACUCAGGUGGUUGGUUUGGAAGGAGAUAAAAGAAAUAAGGAAAAUUUAUGUUCUGAACUUGUAUGUAUCACAUUUCAAUGAAUAACUUACGAACAUAAAAUUAAUGUAUGUAUUCAUAAUAAUAUAAAUUAUAAUUAGGUAUGUAUAAUGAAGAAAAUGUA